GCAAAGGGGCACUGAUGGCGCCUCACACUCCAGCUCGCUGGCGUAUCUAACCGACAAGUUCGGCAACAGCACCGCCGCUACGGCCUCCAACCUGCGCAGCUUCAUCUCCAAUCGCCUGCCUUCCACUUUGCCUGACACAGGUGCCUGAGAAGUUUUUAAGCCAGGCCGCGCGGAGGGGGAAGAAAUAAAGUGAAUUAGAGUUAGCUCACCUCAGGACCGACUCGCGAGCAAAAUGGCGCGGCAGAUCCCUUUCAUAAACAUGGAGUGGAAUGAGUUCAAGGAGGUGGCGUGGGCCAAGAUUCGGGAGCCGAAAAACCAGCGAAGAAUCAUCCUGGUGAUUGUGUCCAUCGCCUUGCUGCUGGACAACAUGCUCUACAUGGUCAUCGUGCCCAUCAUCCCGGACUACCUGCGGUACACGGGCGCUUUCGGGACGCCGCCCCCGGUUUUAGACAAGAAUGGCACUCUCGUUCCAGGGCAUGGGCACGAGGGCCAAGACCAGGCGACUGGCAUCCUGUUCGCGUCCAAGGCCAUCGUCCAGCUGAUGGUGAACCCUUUUUCGGGGGCCCUGAUCGACAGGAUCGGCUACGACAUCCCCAUGAUGAUCGGUCUGACCAUAAUGUUCCUGAGCACGGCCGUGUUCGCGUGCGGCCGAAGCUACGGGGUCCUCUUCUUCGCCCGCAGUCUGCAGGGCGUGGGCUCGGCGUUUGCCGACACUGCUGGCCUUGCCAUGAUCGCCGACCGCUUCACCGAGGAGGCCGAACGCUCCAAGGCCCUGGGCAUAGCACUCGCGUUCAUCUCCUUCGGUUGCCUAGUGGCGCCUCCCUUCGGCGGCGCGUUGUACCAGUUUGCGGGCAAGGAGAUGCCCUUCCUCAUUCUGGCCUUCGUCUCGCUGGCCGACGGCUUAGGCCUCUUGCUGGUCAUGAAACCCAUCAAGGAGCAGAUCAAGGACAGCCAGAGGGAGCGGACGGGUCCCACCAUCCCCAUCUGGCGGCUCUUCAUCGACCCGUACAUCGCCGUCUGCGCAGGCGCCCUCAUGAUGUCCAACGUGGCCUUGGCCUUCUUGGAACCCACCAUCUCCUUGUGGAUGGAGGACAACAUGACUCAAGAAAACUGGAAGAUCGGCAUGAUCUGGCUUCCGGCUUUCUUCCCACACGUCAUCGGCGUCAUAAUCACCGUCAAGAUGGCGCGACAGUACCCGCAACACCAGUGGCUGAUGGCCGCCAUCGGGCUGGUCAUGGAGGGCCUGUGCUGCUUCAUUAUCCCGUUCAGCACCUCAUAUAUCAUGCUGAUGAUCCCGAUUUGCGGUAUCUGCUUCGGCAUCGCCCUCAUCGAUACAGCUCUGCUGCCAACCUUGGGCUACCUGGUCGACGUGCGUUACGUCUCGGUCUACGGAAGCAUCUACGCCAUCGCCGACAUCUCGUACUCGCUGGCCUACGCCGUCGGGCCCAUCAUCGCCGGCAGCGUGGUCGAGGCCAUCGGUUUCACGGCGCUCAAUUUCGGUAUAGCGUUCGCCAAUCUGCUGUACGCGCCGGUGCUUCUCUACCUCAAGAACAUCUACGACUUCAAACCGUUCCCCAACGAGGCCAACAUCUUGAUGGCCGACCCGCCAGACAAAAAGUACCAGACGUACGCGAUGCAGGAAAGCGCAGUCGAGGUCGCUCCAGAUCUCACCUCCAACCACACCGCCGAAUACCCUCGCUACCAGGAGACGAACGUUGACUACGACUCUUACCAGCACCAACAGCAGGGCUACCAACAGCCGCUUCCUCCGCAACCGCAGUACCAGCAACGACCGCCGCCUCCAGUGCAGCCCCCGCAGCCCUCAAGGGACACGAAUCCCUUCCGCAGCGCCGCGGUAAGUGAACCGCCGGCAUUGGAGUCGGCCAACAAAAACCCAUUCAGACAGGGUUUCAACUAUUAAAUCUCCUAACUCCUAAUUAAAAUAUGGUUGUUUCCAGAAUUUUUUCAUCAAAAUUUUUACUUUGUGUUUCUAUCUUGCGUCUGAACGUAUGGGUGUGAUUUCAUAAGUCAUUAUGUACACGCAAGUGUCCCACUGAUAUGGAAAAUAAUUAUACUAUUGUUUCACGAAAUGAACUGAUUUUAAAGAGCAAAUUAGAAAAGUUGAUAAAAUAUAUAUAAUAAUAUUUAACCGAAUUGAAUGAAAUAUUAUAUAUCAUAUAUUCAGCACUGCCAUUGAAUAAGAGCAGUGCUCUAAUAAGGAAUUUAAAAUUUCCAAAAAUUGUUUAUCACCUUUGCUAGAGAUUAAAGAAGCUUGAUAAUUCUAAUUGUUUAAUAACUUUUCACUUAUUUCAAGUAUAACAAUAUUAUAAAAUAUUAUUCCAAAUGAGCAUAUGAAUUAUUAUUAUUAUUUUUUCCCCUUGAGGAUUUUAGUAGUAAUUUAAAUUAAUGCGUUAAAUUUACAAAUUUGAGAUUUUUAGUUAUAAAUAGAUUUUGGGAACUAGCAAACUACUUAAAUUAAUUUGUUUUGUUGGCCUACUGGAAAAAUUCUGUUUCAAUUAUUAAUUGAUUGUUGCGCAGAAUUAGCGGGUCGCAUCUAUAUAGCGGACUCGCGCCAGUUACGUAAAACACAUAUCUAUAUAGAAGACGUUGAAUGAAAUACUGAACGAUCUACGAACAAGCAUAUAAUAUGUAUAUUUUCAAUUGUUAUAAUUCUGUGAUAACUAUAUCUGGCAUAGUUUGAUGGUGAAUUCAAAUGGUGUUCGUUCAGUGCGAAAAAUAAUGCCAGUUAGAAUUAAAUAUGAUUGUCUUCGGUUUCAAAACCGUCGCGGUGAAUCAACCAAGAUCAUAAACAUAUCAAGCAUCCACUUCAGUGGACGCGAAAUGUAGUUGUAAAGAGUCGCACAUGUAAACUUCUCUCGUGGAAAAUUGCGAAACAUACUAGAGACUGUAAAUUAAGUGGUAGGAAUAGGAAGAACACAAAAGAUAUAAUCAAUUUCGAUGACCAAACUUGCGAGAGUUUGAUAAAUAACUUCAGAGGUAAGAAAGUGUUAAAAAAAGUAAAAACGUUAUAAUAACCAUACUCGCAAAAAUGUCAGAUAAAGUUGUAAAUUAAUCAAAGUGUUCGAAUGAAAAUAAAAUUAAUUAAAAUGCAGCGUGUUUGAGAGGAAUUAAGGAACAAAUGUGAAACGAAACCGCACUGUUAACGAAUUACGCAUCAAUAAUUAUAGACCGGUGUGCAUGAAAACGCUGCCUUUUGAAUGCUUGCGGGAUUUUUUUCCCCAAAUUUAAUUUUUCAUUCGAGUGGAUGUGCGUUUUAAUGUUAAUGAGCCCGUAUGUAAAUUAAAAAUAAGCUGGCAAAAGCAUUUUCAUAAUUUCAAAUCCUAGCCGUCGAUGUGAUGUUGAGACUUUCGUAAUAAUUUCGAGAAUGUCUUUGCCACUGUGUAUACUCUCUCCUAAUCUACAUGUCUAAACGCACUGUAUCUGAGAACAGUAAGAAAAUCACUAAACUGUGUAUCGAUAUCAUUUGUAGAAAGUCAAAUUGCUGUGUGUAUAAACGAAGCGUUAAAAAAAAUAAAAGUGGAAAAAUGCUUAAAAAAAAGGAUGCUGAUUGAGCCGGAGUGUGAAGAGAAAGAAAAUUGCUCAGUGCGCAGUGAGGUUAAACUGUUACUGUUAAACAAGAGUGAGUUAUACAAACAUUUUCUCUUCUUUUAUAAUAAUAUUAAAAUUCCAAGUUAAUUUGUGUUCGAUUCAUGUGUAAAUAAACCGAUCAAUAUCCCGUCAAAAUUGAUUAUUUGCGAUUUAGUUUUUAGAGAAAAGGAAUAAACCACACGAAAGCAAUAAACAGAUUGUGUAUCUGGGCGAUUAGAGAAAAUUCGAUUACGAGGCAGAAAAGUGACGGGCGUGAGGCGAAUGCCGAAUUUAAAUUUACAUUGAUGGAGGGUUCGGUGGAAAGUUGCAUAAAAUGUAAAUGUAAAUAA